AUGCAGACCAAAGACAUCAGUCCACCAGAUGGUGGCUAUGGAUGGGUUGUGGUAGUGUCAGCCUUCAUAGUGAUGGGCCUUACUGCUGCUGUCCUCAAGACUUUUGGUCUCUUCUUUGUUGAAAUCCAGGAGCACUUUGAUGAGCUUGCAAGCACCAUUUCUUGGAUCACAUCGAUAACUAUUGCCACCUUUCAUUUAGGAGCCCCUGUUGCCAGCUCACUAUGUGUAAAAUACACCCACCGUGCUGUUGUGAUCACUGGAGGACUCCUUGCAUUUUCAGGAAUGGCCCUGGGAUGUCUUGGGCUCAACAUGAUCUGGAUGUAUGCAACAACUGGCUUCCUACAAGGACUUGGGAUUUCCUUUUCAUGGACACCAGCCAUCAGCAUUGUUAGCCAUUAUUUUUCCAAGAAAAGAGCUCUGGCCAAUGCUAUUGCCAGUGCUGGAGAAUGUGUGUUUGCAUUUACAUUUGGGCCAUUUUUCCAGUGGCUGAUUAGUCAGUAUGGAUGGAAAGGUGCCCUCUUGAUCAUAGGUGGCACCCAACUCAACAUCUGUGUCUGUGGAAUACUGAUGCGACCCCUGACAAGCAGCUUCCACCCUGAGGUGAGCCAUCCUGAACCAACACCUGGCAGUGGUGCAUCUAAGACAGACAAAGAAGGGAAGUCUAUCAUCACACACAGAACCUUCAACUGGAUGCUUCUGAGGAGAGCAGAAUUUGUGCUUUAUGCCAUGUUUGGCAUACUAGCUGCAAUGAGUUUCUUUGUUCCUCCGUUAUUUUUAGUUCCACUAAGCUACAGCCUGGGAAUAGACGAAUCUUGGACUGCAUCUCUCCUAUCCAUUCUGGCUAUGGUGGAUUUUGCAGGCAGACUGCUAUGUGGCUGGUAUGCCAAUCUCCACCUUACGAAAACUAUUCACUUACUGACAAUGACAAUCACCUUGAUCAGUACUUCCUUGAUGCUUCUGCCACUGGCUAACAACUACCUGUCCUUGGCAAUAUUCACUGGCUUCUAUGGAUUCUUCUUUGGCACAACAGUUGCUGUUCACAUUACAGUGCUAGCAGAAGUUGUGGGCAUGUCAGAUUUUGACAGUGCUUUAGGGCUUUUCAUGCUUAUUCGAAGCACUGGAGGAUUUUUGGGGCCUCCUCUUGCUGGUCUGAUUGUGGACAUGGCUGGAGACUACAGAGCAGGCUUCUACAUGGCAGGAGCCACUCUCAUCCUAGCAGCUGUAUUUUUAGUUGUUUUAGAUCAAUUUCAACAAAGAAGUGAAAAAGGAAACCAUGCUAGUACUAAAUCAGAAAAAUUAUCAUUACCUUACACUUCCUUCCAUUUUCUGAAACUUCAGAAAAGAAGGUACCAAGACCAUGAUGUAGUGGUGUGAUUACACUGGACAUCAUGCAACUUCUUGAAAAUCAAUAUUAGGAUAUUAGGAUUCUUUUUAAUAGUGGGUGUUUUGAGUAGGAGUAUGUAAAACAGAGGAAGAAAGUCGCUAGUUCACAAGCAAACAACACCUAUAACCACUGCCACAAUGUUAUUUUGAUGUUGCAGCUGCGUUUUGACUUUACAAGUCUUCAACGCAGCCCCACAAGGCUGUGAUAGAGAGGCUAUGAUCUAAACAAAAUUACCACGAAGCUUUUUGCAGCAGGCAGAAACCUUCCCCUCGAAAUACAGGCCACAGCCAUCACUUUCAAAUAGAAAAAGACACCAGCUCACAGAUGUUUAGCCUGGAGAAGCAGUGUUCA